AUGGCCUCUGUCUCAUCUUUAGAUAAGGACUUGCGCAACUUGCGCCUGUCCCGCUAUACCCCGCAAGCCGCGGCCGAAGUCCGCUCCUGGAUUGAAGAAGUGUUGCGCGAGAGGCUAGCACCUGGGGACCUUCUUGAAGCACUCAAAGAUGGUGUCGCGCUCUGCAAGCUUCUUAACCUUGCGGUUUCGCCCGGUGUCAAGUACAAGCAAUCCUCGAUGCCAUUCGUUCAGAUGGAAAACAUAUCGCAUUUCCUCCGCGCUUGUCAACUUCCUCCUCUAAGCCUUCCUCCCCACGAUGUCUUCCUUACCGUCGACCUCUACGAGGCCAAGGACCCUGCGCAAGUCCUUCAAUGUAUCUCAGCAUUCAGCCGUCGGGCAAAUGCAAUCCAACCUGGUAAAUUUCCACGCGCAAUUGGAGUACAGAGCAAAGCCGGCACCUUGAGUCCGUCUUUGACCGGCUCCAGCCAGGGUCCCCACACGCCUACGAGAAACCGAUUCGGUGACGCCAACUCUAACGCCUCUGGCCGCUCAAGUCCCGCAAAGUCUCCUCAGACGGUUAGCAGUUGGAGUAAGAAAUCGGAUCAUCAGGUUACGCAGCCAGCUUGGAACAUACACCAGUAUGGAUACAUGGGAGGUGCUAGCCAAGCAAACCAAGGUGUCGCGUUUGGUGCCCGUCGACAAAUCACUACUGCUGCCCCUCAUGUGCCUAGUGUCGCGGAAAAAGAGAACCGCAGACGUGAAGAGGAAGAAAGACUGAGGCUCGAACAAGAAGAGGCUGAGCGGAUUCGUCGACAACAGCGCGAAGCAGAAGAAGCACGUGCCCGGGAGGAGGAAGAGCACCGAUGGGCCGAAGAGACGUCUCGCUUGAGGGAGAAAGAGCGGCGAGAUGUUGAGGAGGAGCGGAGACUGUGGGAUGAGGAACAGCGUCGGUGGGAGCAAGAAGAACAACAACGUCUGCGCGAGGAAAAGGAGGCAGAGGAAAGAUUUGAGAACGAGAGACAACGGCGUAAAGAUACGAAUGACAUCCGCCUGACCGGCCAGUUUCUCAGCCAAUAUCGAGCAACUCAAGCCGCGCCUACACAGCCUACACCCAUUGAAUCGCAGGAAAGCCAGCGCGUCAAAGAACUGGAGCAGCAAUUAGAGCUUGCAAAGGAAAGGGAGCGCGAAUACGAACGCGAACGACAAGUAUUCAAGGAGAAUGAUAACAAGCCAACCGAAACCAAGCGCCCUGUACCACCUAAACCAAGCUACGAUCUCUCAUCUCUUGAGCAAGAACGGCGUCUCCUCCGCGGCGAGUGGGAACGACACCAGGCUCCAGAAUCUGUUGCUGAGAUGCAAACUCCCCCGCCCAUGCCCCCUCGACGGCCUCUCCCCGACCCUGCUAGUGCUGCCCAGCCACCAAAACCCCAGGCAUCAGAGAGCCGAGUCGACCGCUUCUUAUCGUCGAACCCGGCACCUGUGGCUCCCAAGCCCGCUACCCAUCGCUUCCAAGAUUACACCACGACGUCCGAAGUGGACGCCGAGAACAGCCGCCGUCUUGCGUCUCAACAAAAGACCCGCGCCGGCGGGUGGGCUUCCAAAUCCCUCCUAGAACGCGAAAUGGAGCGCGAGCGCGAGCGUCAAAGAGAGUGGGAAGAGAGCCAGAAGCAGACGCAGGAAGCUGCGGCGAGAGGCGUCAAGGACCCAUCACUGAAUGCGGGGCCUGGCGGUGCUUGGGAUGUACACCAGUACGGCUUUAUGGGCGGUGAUAACCAGAACCGGGGUGGCCCUGGUUUGGGUAUUGGAGGUGCAAGGCGGCAAAUUAUUGGCCCUCGGCCGCCUACAUGA